CUAUUUAGCUUUAAAAAUAUUAGAAACAAAGCUUAAAAAACGAUAUAUGCGAAGAAACGUGUUCGUGCGAAAUGUGAACUCUUUCGUUUCAAGGUCGAUCGGAAAUCGAUUUCAACGUUUGAACUUCGCACUAUGCUCGCUUUUCUCGAGGAUUUCCUCCCCUCUUCUUCUAAUCUAAACGCGCUAUUUUCUCUCAUAUUCUCGUUUCGUUUCGUAGAUCUGUUCCUCGGAUAGAGUCAGAGUGAUAACGGGAGGGGAAAAGAGAGAGAAACAGAGAGAGAGAGAGAGAGAGAGAAGCGGGCGAGGAGAAGGAACGAACGUUUGUAUGUUUAUCGAGAUAUCUGCAGAAGCGGAGCAAGAUAUAAAGGGCACCUAGAAUGCGACGUAGCCAGUUGUUAUGAUCAAUUUCUCUUGGUUAACAUUGAAUAUAGAAACGAAAAGGAAUAUUUAAAUUUGGAAAGAUGCGGAUCUGGGUUUUGAUAACAACGCUUUUGAUAGUCUCUAUAUUGACUACAGAAGUAUUUGGAAAGAAGGUAAAAUCAGAGGAAGUUGAAUCUUCGAGUAACAUUCAAGAGAAACAUAGAAAGAAAAAAGAAAUUGUAAAUUCCGAAUCGAAGGAAAAAACUUUGGAAAAGGAAGGGAGACAUUUGAAGCAGCAUGAUAAAUCGAAGAAGAGGAAAAAGAUUUCUAUUUCCGAACCGAAUUCUUUGGAUGGAUUGAAGGAGUCAAAAAAGUCGCACCAGGUGACAAAGUCAAAGAACAAACAUAACAAAAAUGAAGUCAAAGUUGAUCAUGAUAAGAAAGUACGACAUGCGAAGGAAAAAUACAAGAAUAAAGGUUUAAACUCGAAGAAUAAACAACAUAAUAGGAGACGUCCGAGAGAAUUAGAAGAGGAUAACAAGAUGGAGAAGGAGAAGAAGAAGAUGGAGGCUGAAACAGAAACGGAAACGGACGCAAAGACAGAGAACAUUGUUAAAGAGCAUGAUUCGAAAAAAUCAAAAAAUCGAGAUAAAAAAAAGAAGGUAUCGAAAACGGUCGAAAUUAACAACGAGGAAUCUGAAAAUUCUAAUAUUGAAAAAAAUAAAAUUCGUAGUAAAUCGACGUCCACGGUUAAUGCGGAAAACAUCGAUCUCACAGAAGAGAGUACAUCGAAUAAGAAGUCUAAGCUAGAUAAAAAGACAAAAAAGAAGAGCCAGUGUCAACAUUCGAAAAACAAAAAGGUAGAAGAAUCGAACGCCAAAGAGUCUAUUAAUGUAGAUGAUAUAGAAGAAGAUAAAGAUAAGGUAUUCAAACAGAAAAAGCGUUAUGUAGACAAUAAGGUAAAUGGAGAAACACCAAAUGAACGUUAUGAAUAUAAUUAUGAGGAAGAAGAGAAAGAAUCGACAUUGGUGUCGGAAGGCAAAGUCGAGUGCGAAGAAAACCAGAAUUUUGAAGAAGAGCAUGGUUGUUGUUUUAACAAAGAGAACGUCGAUGAAGAAGUUAAUGUUUGAAGUUUCCCAGUAAGAUCUUGUUGUGAUAAACAGAGAGAAAGACUUCUUGAAGAUGUCAUUGUUUAUUCUUGUACGAGAGAAACAGAUUUAAAUGUACUCGAAAUUUAAGAGGAAAAUGAGUAUUUAAA